AUGGGCGGCAACGCGAGCAAAGUCACCGCCCAGGACAAGGCCAUCCUCGACCUCAAGCUUCAACGCGAUAAGCUCCACCAGUACCAGCGCCGCAUCACCGUCCUUACGGACAAGGAGACGGCCGUCGCCAAGCAGAUGCUCGCCAAGGGCGACAAGCCGCGCGCGUUGCUUGCCCUCCGCCGCAAGAAAUACCAAGAGUCCCUCCUCCAGAAAACCGACGCCCAGCUCGAGCAGCUCGAGAAGCUCACCUCGUCGGUCGAGUUCGCCAUGAUCCAAAAGGACGUCGUCUUUGGCCUGCAACAGGGCACCAAGGUGCUCAAGGAAAUCCACUCGGAGAUGGGCGGCAUCGAGCACGUCGAGAAGCUCAUGGGCGAGACGGCCGACGCCAUCGCUUAUCAAAAGGAAGUCAGCGACAUGCUCGGCGGCCGCAUCUCGGUCCAGGACGAGGAGGAGGUCGAGGACGAGCUCGCCGCCCUCGAGGCCAGCGUCGCCGCUGAAGACGCCGCCCGCAACCCGCCCAAGCAGCACAAGCUCCCCACGGUGCCCGACACGGAGCUGCCGGUGCCGGAGGCGGCGCAAGAGGAAGAGGAGCCGGCAGCGCAGCAGCGGGUGCGGGCGAGGCAGCCCAUGUUGGCUUCGUAG